AAAGAAGUGGUGUCCCUCUGUCCAUGAAAUGAAGGACGGGGGGACGUUCCACAACGGGGAUGCAUUAUUGCAUACACCCAAAGUAUCGAAUGACACGACUUAAGUAUCGAAUUCCCGAACCGCGAAUUGUGCGUGUUGUUGCACCCUUUACAUCCUUUCAUGGAUAAUAUGCAUUGUAUACAAAACUCUGUAAAACUACAGGAGUUUUCAAUAUGUCAUUUUGUCUGACGACUACAGAUAUAUACUGUAUGUAAAGAUAAAACUCCCAAAUUUAUAUAUCAAAUAGUGCAAUGCAGAAGAUAAAAUUAUGGAGAGAGACACACACACACACCUCCCUGUGUGGCGUUUGCAUGUUCUCCCCACUCUUCACGCGUUUCCUCAUGUGUCCACCAGAUGACGCCAGAGCGCUUCCAUCUACUUCCUGGUGUCCGUGCGCGCGCGCGCCACAUCGCAGCAGGCGUCACGUUCGCACAAUGAGACUCUCUGUUGCCUCAUGCACGCGCACGCACGCACUUCCACUGCCGCUGUCAAUGGACUGUUUGAGAUGGAGCUCAAUCCAAGGACACGCCGCGCGAGGAAAGAACAAGACGAACUCCGAGUGGAUUCUGUGUAGUUUUCGACGACUUUUUCACUCGGCACUUUUCCUCCCCAAGACGAUUUUUAGGUGACCCAGCGAGGAGCACGUGACCGUGACUGUGAAUGGAAAAUGUGUCAAUGACGAUUUGAUUGAAUCCGAGAGUGGAUUAAGUGCUUUUAAUGAGACGUUCGCCCCUCGCAGGACGCCAAUUCAUCGUGUGACUUUUUCAGUGUGUCUUUAUCGCACUUUGGAGCCACUUCUGUCCUAUUUUUGCAGGAUUUUCCCCCCCACAUGGGAUCUUAGCAGAGUAGUCUCCUUCCAAAGCCGUCGAUCCCCGACCUCCCCUCGCCCCCGGAUGGGAGAGGCGACCCCGGCUCAGUCCGCCGCCGCCGCCGCCGCCGCCGCUGGCGCCUUCACCCCGAUGCUGGCGGCCGGCAUGGGCUCCCUGGCCGCCGCCUCCGCCGCGCACGGCGGUCCCUCGGCGGGCGUCCGCGGCUCGGCGGUCCCGCAGCUGCACAGCGCCAUCGUGGAACGGCUCCGCGCCCGGAUCGAGCUGUGCAGGCGGCACCACUCCACCUGCGAGGACCGCUACCGCCGCGGCCAGGCCGAGAGCUCGGACCGCGAGCACGAGAGCACGCUGCAGCUGCUCAACGUCGUGCAGCAGGGGCCCGGAACUCGCAAGAACAAGGGCGGCCGCGGGGCUGCCGGACAGCCGCCGCCGGACUACGGCGCCAGGGCGUCCAACGGGGAGCUGAGGGGCGCCGAGGGGGACCACAAGAUGUCCACGCGCAUAGCGCUGCAAGGGUCUUUACGGCGGAAGCUGGAGGGACACGCCCCCAAGCACAACUCCGUCUCGUGCAGUUUCUCCGAGUCCGACUUCAAGCGAGUCCGGCUGGAGACCGUUGGCGGUCUGGGGCGAGGCCCGUGCAGCCACGGCUUAAGCCACGCCCACUCUUCGCAAGGCCACUCUUCGGCUGGAGGGAAGAACUACGUGAUGCCGGACGUGUUCAACGCCACCCUGAAGGAGAUGAAGAAGGAACCCGGCGAGGCGCAGUCUUCGUGCAGCCGCUCCCGCGCCGACGCCGUCUUUGAUUUCAAGGACGAAGGCGGCGCUCAGAUCGACCCGGAGCUGCAGGACCUUUUCGACGAACUGACCAAGUCGGUGCCGCCCCUCAACGACUUGGACUUGGAGAAGAUGCUGAAGCAGGACGACGCCUUCGGUUUGGACCUGGGCCGCCCCGGCUCAACGGGCCUGGGUUCCCCUUUGGAGAGGCCGAUUAAGAUGGAGCGCUCGCCCGAUUACGCUCAGGUCCACGUCGGCUCGCCGCAGCUGCGACCGGCUUCGGCGGGGCCGUCAUUGGCGCUGACCGCCCCCACGGCCGCGCAGAAGUCGGGACCGCCGAGGUCCAUGCCCUGCUGGCCGGAGAUCUCCCACGCGGAGCAGCUGAAGCAGAUGGCGGCCAACCAGCAUCAACCCGGCACGCUUCUCCACCACCAGCAUCACCAGGCGCCCCCCGCCGGUCUGGCCGGUUGGGGUCCCGCGAUGGGCCCCGCCUUCCAGGACAAGGGGGCGCGGCCGAGGCUCCCCCAGCACAGCAAGGGCGUCGCCAACUGCCUUUUCAAGUCCAACGGCGUCCACCACGCGGAGAUGAAGCCGCUCACCGCCAAGCCCGCGCUGCAUUUCAGCCCCAAGUCGGUCCCGCCGCCGCCGCCGCCGCCGCCCUCCUCGGGCCACGUGACGCCCAUGAUGGCGGGCAACAAGACCGCCAACCAUCCGCAGCAGCUUUCACCUCCCGAUGCCCAGAACCACGCCAAUCCUCCGCCUCCGCCGCUUCAUUUCCAGAAUCAAGCGAUGUCCUCGUCGACAGCUCUCCUGCAGGAAGGGACGCUGCCCUUCAAACUGAGCCAACAUCAGCAGGGUGUGCCCCCUGGACCGAGGCUGACCACAAACGGGGGUGUGGGUCAGCCGCGCCCACCUCUGCCCCCCCACCCGCUGAGGGCUCCCGCCAAAUCUCCCGCCAUGCACAGGCAACUCUCCCAACUGCACAGAGCCGAGAAAGACACGUCGCCGGAUCAAUUCAGCCGUCAUCUUACCAGGCCGCCGCCGGAUUACAAAAGAAGUGUAGUGAGCGGGAACAUCUUUCCAGGUGCAAAUCCAUCCCAGUCGUCCAGCGCCGUCCCAGAGAAGGACCUUCAUUCCAUGUCGUGCCACCUUCCCGGUGGGCCCGCUUCCGAGUUGAGCUCAUCGGAGCACCGCUUCGACUGUCACCCCCCGUCCUGCAUCGGACAAUUCCCCAGUCCAAACCGAAUCACGCCAAACCAUAACAACGUGCGAUUCCUGGGCCCCAACGCACAAGGGAACUCCUUCGGGAUGAGUAACGGAACCGGCGGGCCACACCCGAGGCCCGCGGCCGACCCGCAUUCCUCUCGGGGGGCGGGACAGGUGCCGGGGGGCGUGAUGACCAACGUGAGCUGGUGCUCGGCCGCCAAGCCCGCCGGACUCACUCGGCGAAACGACACUCUGGAUCUGCCGCUGAACCGUCAGUACCAGCAGAGACCUGGUGGACCUCCCAACCAGGUGGCGCCAGACCUCCAGAUGCUGAUCAGAGAUGCCGGGUCCAGACCCACCCAGGCCAACAUUAACCAGUCCUCUCCGGAGCAGCGGGUUCCGGCUGUGGGCAAUUUCGCCGAAACCGCUUCGGGCGGCUACCAGAGCACUCGCACCAACCGCGUCACCUUCGACUUCCUGCCCGAGGGAGACAACACGGUCCCAGGUAUUAACACAGACUCGGACUUCAUCGACUCCCUGCUCAAGUCGGGCUCGGGGAACGACGACUGGAUGAAAGACAUCAACCUGGAUGAGAUUCUGGGAAGUCACGCAUGAGCGGAAGCGAUAACCAUUGACACAUUUAGAAUUUUAUACACUCCAAUAUGUUUGUUUUGCAAGUAGACUUCAAUGUUUUGAUUUGACUGUGAAAGGGUUUUGUGUCUCCUCGUACUACUACAUGAUGUCAUUAUAGACCUUUUUAAAAUGAACAAGAGGUGCCAGGGUACUUCCACGGCCGAAAGUGAUUGACUACCGCUAACCUGAACUGACAAUUACGAGAAAAUGUGCUGUUUUUGAGUGAUUUAGCAAAACAUUAUGAUUGGGUUGGUCCCGCUAUAAUAUCUGCGGACAUACAUAUAUGAUGGACUCACAGUGCCGCUAAAUCACUGUUGGCAGCCAUCUUGCGUUGCCACUCUAUAAACAUGCCUAACUUGAAUACGUACAUUGAUUUAUCCACAGAGCUUUCACAUUAUUCUCUAUCUCUAGCACGAAAUGCCGUCGCGUGUGUCGUACGGUUCUACCAAUAAUUUUGAAGAAGAGCUACGUGCACACAUAAUCCGUAAGGAUGCGAUUUAUUAUACAGUAAAUGUUCUCUUUUAAGGCGUAGCGCCGAGUGCUUCUCAAAAAUCGCAUCCCGUUUUCAGCAGUCUCAACAAUGAAAUGAAAGAAAAGCCCACUGGGACAAAACUCUCUGCGAAAUGUCAACCAAACUAAAAUAAUAUACUCUGAAUGGUUGAUGCAAACGUGAAGUAAUCCCUACACGGAUCCUCGCGUAACAACGCAAAGUAUUUUUUUUCUCCAUCGAGCAAAAAGUUUUCAAUAACACUGGCAACGCAAGAUGGCUGCCUCCUUGCUUCCGCCGCGAGAGGGCAAUGGUGAGCCCAUUCUGCCAACUAACAAUAGCUUGCUUUUUCAUUUCGGCACCAAAGGAGUAAAUGUGUACUGUCAAACAGAUUUUUACGAUCUUGUUCCUCCUAGUUUAUUUUUAAUCACUUUACCUUGAUGUAGCAUCUUCUUUUUCACUGCCUCGGUCGUUAACGAGUGGUGCAAUUGGAAUUAUGGUAAGCGUCGGACGAAAAGGUCUAUAUGAUGACAAAAAGUUCACACUGUGAAAACGUUGCCGUGGUGUUGCCUUCGAGGUUUUCACAACACAAAAUGGUUUCUUGUUUAGUUUUUUGUUGUUGUUUAGUUUUUUAGUUCUUUUUAACUCUUGUCCAUGUUGUGAAAGCUUUUGCAAUAUACGGUCGUUUUUGGAUGAAAUUUCAAUGUCACAAUUUUUUCCACGUGCUAUUUAAUAAAUAUUGGGCUAUUAACAAGACAGUACUGUAAAAUACAAUAAAUACAUCCAGACAUUUGACAAUUUCA